AUGCCCAAAGCGCAUAGUCUAUCGGAUGCGUCGCGGCAGGCUUUAUCAGAAUUUGCUUCUCUGAAGGAGCUCUUGCCUCCUGCGAGUCAUUCUUAUCAACGCCUGGAGGACGUACAACAGCGGUUCAGGCUCUGGUCUGGUGUUAUCGGUGCUGCUCAUCCUGUGCAUGUCCAGAACUCCUUGGCACACCGAGUGAGGGCAGCGCCAAAGCUACAGGCUCGGUUUGAAGAGCUACUCGGUGAUACGAUAGACGAUCUCGAAGAAUUGGCAGAGCUGAUGCGUGGUACAUCUGGCGUAUGGGACGAAGCUGCCGUCAGCGAGUUUGACGACAUCAUUGAGUCAAUCAGCGAAUCGGUUCGAUCUCUUUUCAAGACGUCUGGUAUCGCACGCAAAGCCACCGUCAGAGACAGAUACGCACUCGCGCUGAAAAAGGUACCGGCAUUCGAGGUCGUCGGAGAAGAAGUCGAUUUUGAGCUCAUCGGGGAUCUUUUUCCAAGACUACGCUUGACACGCCACGAUUGGCUACGAAACAGACUGGCCAAGGCCAACAACAUCCGACGACGUUACUUCCAAUAUUGCGAAGGUCACCAGUCUGCGGUCGAAGCUGGUACCCGCCGUGGCCAGCAAAAAUCCUUGCCGUCGAGCGCUACGGACGAGGCUGGAUCGGAAAGAUCGCUAGCGGUCACUGUGAGGACCGUGGCUACGACGGUGAACGCCGCGGCUUACGACGUUGCGACUGCCGAGAGCGACGGUGCGGAAUCGGUCGUCUCAGCAUACUCUUACGCCACAGACUCCUCGACGCCCAUGCGAUACCGUGUCAUCGAUCUUGAGGAGGUGAAUCGCGGUGAGGAAAAUUUCAUUUGUCCGUACUGCCGUCAAGAACAGUCCAUCACCUCACAAGAACGCUGGAAUAGGCACGUCCUUUCCGAUCUCAAAGCCUACGUCUGCAUCGACAGGGACUGCACGACCGAGCUUUUUGACAACAGCCGAGCGUGGAUGCGACACCAAUUACUCACCCAUUGGAUCGAACGGAAAUGUCCAUAUUGCGGAGAUGACCAGUCCUAUGCCACAGUAGACGGUUUGAAGAUGCACUUGCGUCAACAGCAUUCGACUAAAUUCCAUCAGGAACAACUUGAUCAGAUAUGCAAUCUCAGCGAACAUGAGCCAGCGGAAGUUUCGGCGGCUGCCUGUCCCUUCUGCGACUGGCAAACCAAAUUGGAGUACCAGAAACAUGCUGCCGGGACACCCGUGUCUUUGCAACGAUACCGUCGGCACAUUGGAUCUCACUUGGAGCAGGCGGCUUUGGCUGUGCUUCACGUUGCAGAAGCCAAUGAUUCGGAGCACGAUGGGCAUGAUUGCCACGAUGACUUACACUGGUCCUCCGAUCGCGAUUCUCUACCGUCUCUACACAUGGACGGUAAUGAUAAAGGAGACGAGAUUGGUAGUCAGGGCGAGCUUCCAAGCCGUACUGGUCGAAAGAUACCUGAGCUGGACAGAAUCAAUUUCGAAGAGCGCCGGGCGAGAAUACAACGGGCCAUCUCGGAAAGUCUGAAGGACACAGAGUCGGAGAAUCUGGCGGAAUCUGCAAGAAACGAGUCUCGAAGCACUUCACCGACGUCGAGCGCUGCAGCAGGGAAUGCUUCGAGGAAUGCGUCUCGUGAGCCGCCUGCAACAUCGGAGAUGGAGCUGGCGAGUGGAACUCUAACGAUAAUUUACGACCAAAGCCACGCACAGCGUGGACAUGGCCGUCACGCUGCACUCUCUACCCCUGCCGGACCGUUCCCUUGCCUAUUGGCCGUCUACGGCUGCCAAUCCAGCUUUAGAUCGAAGAUCGAAUGGAAGCGACACGUCGCAACCCAACACAUGCGUCUCGGCUUCUGGCGAUGCGACCUUUGUCGUAGAGGAAACAAGACUUAUAACUUCAACCGGAAAGAUUUGUACUUCCAGCACGUUCGGCGCAUGCAUGCUGAAGAGCUUGGGAGUUUCGAUAACAGGUCACACGGGGACACUUCUUCUGAGGACGCCGUCGUACUUCACGAAGCCGCUUCCAGGUGCUACGUUAAGCUACGCACGCCACCACCUAAUAGUCGCUGUCUCUUCUGCGACGACGAGUUCCAUGGCUCGGGCUCUUGGGAGCAACGCAUAGAGCACAUUAGCGGCCAUCUUGAAGCAGCGAAGAAAGAGCGGAGGGGUGUAGGCAACCCGAGUAAUUGGAAGAGCGACGAGGCGGCUCACAAUUGGCUGGUUGCGGAAGGGCUGGUCGUUGCACGAGGACAAACCUGGGUGCUUGCGGACAGUGAGCCGGCGAGUUGA